CUAGUCUCCGCAGGCCUCUACAUCACCCCCGGAGCCAGGCGGCUGAUUGACAGGCCUUGGCUGACUGGACCCUCCUUCCCAGCUUCUCCUCCUCCUCUCCCUCUCUCUCUCCUUGCCUGCCCUCUCCUCUGCUCCCUCUCUCCUCAAUCGCAAGGCUGCGCUCAACGACUCGACACCGCCAACAGGGAUGCAGCGAGGGCGCAGCGCAGCCUGAAAAAUGGCACCACCACGCGUCCUGUGGAUCUAUCCAUCCCUCUCCCUCCUGUCCUCCCUGCUUCUUUUUCACGCGUUGUCGCCGUGCCGAGCCUUACGGAAUUACCCGGAGAAUGAAGUUACAUUGCUGGACUCCAUGUCAGCCUUGGCCGACCUCGGCUGGGAGGCUUAUCCUAAUGAGGGGUGGGAAGAGAUCAGUGUGAUGGAUGAGAGGAACACCCCGAUGAGGACCUAUCAGGUGUGCAACGUCAUGGAAGCCAACCAAAACAACUGGCUGAGGACGCGCCACAUCAGCCGGGAAGGAGCUCAGCGCGUCUACAUCGAGAUCAAGUUCACCCUGAGAGACUGUAACAGCCUGCCCGGCGUUCCCGGCACCUGCAAAGAGACAUUCAACAUGUACUACUAUGAAUCCAACAAUGCCAAUCUGUGGUUCAUCAAAGAGAGCCAGUAUGUGAAGAUUGAUACUAUUGCUGCUGAUGAAAGUUUUACACAGGUGGAUGUUGGUGAUCGUGUGAUGAAGCUGAACACGGAGGUGCGGGACAUCAGCAACCUGAGUAAAAAAGGUUUCUACUUGGCCUUCCAGGACCUGGGUGCCUGCAUCGCUCUGGUCUCAGUUAGGGUCUUCUACAAGAAGUGUCCGCUCACUGUGCUUAACUUGGCCCAGUUCCCCGACACAAUAACGGGUGGAGACACGGCGCUGGUCGAGGUCCAUGGUGUGUGUGUGAAUGCCUCCGAGGAGUUUGAAGCUCCCAAGAUGUACUGCAGUGCGGAUGGAGGCUGGCUGGUUCCCAUCGGGAGGUGUGUGUGCAAACCGGGCUUCGAGGAGAACAAGGACGUCUGCCAACCGUGCAGACCUGGAACCUACAAAGCUUCGGCCACAGAUGCCUACUGCACCAAAUGCCCUCCUCACAGCUCGUCGCCGCAGGAGCAAGCCGUCGAGUGCAUUUGCGAGAAAGGUUUCCACCGCGCUGAGAGUGACCCACGCUCAAUGGCCUGCACACGUCCUCCAUCAGCUCCAGAGAACCCCAUCUCGACAGUGAACGAGACCUGCGUCACCUUGGAGUGGUCGCCACCCAGAGACACAGGAGGCAGAGGAGACAUCACCUACAGCCUCCACUGCAGGAAAUGCUCCGGUGAUGGCAAAAAGUGCACACCAUGUGGGAGCAGCGUCCAUUUUGUUCCCAGACAGAUCGGUCUGUCAUCGGCCACCGUGUUGGUCACCGACCUGCAGCCCGACUCCAACUACAGCUUCACCAUAGAGAGCCAGAACGGAGUGUCAGACUUGAGUCCAACACCAAGAGGAACGGUAGUCAUAAAUGUGACAACGUCGCAAACAGUGAGCGUUGUGUUGAAGGAAAGGCGGAGCAAGGACAGUGUGACUUUGGCCUGGCAGGGACCUGAGAGACCCAAUGGAGCGAUAGUGGAGUAUGAGGUCAUCUACUAUGAGAAGAACCAGCGGGAGCAGAACUACACAGUUCUGAAGACUCGCUCCAACAUGAUGACAGUGGACGGGCUGAAGCCUGGGACUACCUACGUGUUCAGGGUCAGGGCUCGAACCGACGGGGGCUAUGGGAGCUACGGUGGAGAGAUUGAACUGGAGACCAGCCACGAAGAUGUUCUGGCCAUCGGGGAUCCUAACCAGUCCACUAUUCUGGCUGUGUCCAUCGCUGGGGGAAUUGUUCUCCUCAUCUUCCUGGUGACCUGCUUCGUUGUCAGCGGAAGGCAUUGUGGAUAUAUCAAAGCCAAGCAGGACCCUGACGAAGAGAAGAUGCAAUUCCAACAUGGUCGAGUCAAGCUUCCAGGCAGCAGAACUUACAUCCAUCCUCACACAUACGAAGACCCCAACCAGGCCGUCAGAGACUUUGCCAAAGAGAUAGAUGCUUCCAAUAUUCGCAUAGAAAGAGUCAUUGGAGCUGGAGAGUUUGGGGAAGUGUGCAGUGGGCGACUUCGUGUGCAGGGGAAGAGGGAGAUCUAUGUGGCCAUCAAGAGUCUGAAGGCCGGAUACUCGGACAAACAGAGGAGGGACUUUUUGUCUGAGGCCUCCAUCAUGGGCCAGUUCGACCACCCGAACAUCAUAAGGCUGGAGGGUGUCGUCACAAGAUGUAAGCCAGUGAUGAUCAUAACGGAGUUCAUGGAGAACGGAUCUCUGGACACUUUCCUCAAGAAACACGACGGCCAGUUUACAGUGAUCCAGCUGGUCGGCAUGCUGCGGGGCAUCGCCUCAGGUAUGAAGUACCUGUCAGACAUGAGCUACAUUCACCGAGACCUGGCAGCACGAAACAUCCUGGUCAACAGCAACCUGGUGUGCAAAGUGUCUGACUUUGGCUUGAGUCGAGUUCUGGAGGACGAUCCAGAGGCCGCCUACACGACAAGGGGCGGAAAGAUCCCCAUCAGAUGGACGGCUCCAGAGGCCAUAGCCUACAGGAAGUUCACUUCAGCCAGCGAUGUGUGGAGUUAUGGUAUCGUCAUGUGGGAGGUGAUUUCAUACGGAGAGAGACCCUACUGGGAGAUGUCCAACCAGGAUGUGAUCAAAGCAAUAGAUGAGGGCUACCGUCUCCCUGCUCCCAUGGAUUGUCCUGUGGUGUUACACCAGCUCAUGUUGGAUUGCUGGGAGAAGGGGCGCAGCGACAGGCCAAAGUUUGGACAGAUUGUCACAAUCCUGGACAAACUCAUCAGGAACCCAGCCAGUCUCAGAGAGCUGGCCAACAGCUCAGUAUGCAGGGAGGACCCGUCCACCCCGGAGUUCAGCGUGAGCACGGUGGAUGAGUGGUUGGAGGCCAUCAAGAUGGGCCACUAUAAGGAGAAUUUUUCCAGUGCUGGAUAUGUCAGCUUGGACUCUAUCCUUUACAUCAGUGUCAGUGAACUAGCUAAGAUGGGUGUGACGCUGGCUGGCCACCAGAAGAAGAUUUUGUCCAGUGUGCAAAGCCUGCAGACCCAGGGGACGCACGUCCAAGUAUAACAGUUUCCACAUAAACACAGACAGAGUCAAACUGGAUGCUCCUGUGAAGAGUUUCCACACUGACAUGGAGCUGUAAUGGAUACUCUGUGCUUGGGCCUCCAUUGAUUAUGAGACACACUGAGAUGGAGCCAACAUGGACGCUUGACUCCUUCACCUUCUCGCAGUCCCCCCCACCAUUCUUCCCGUCCUCGAUGGGCACUACUGGCUUUAGCACUCAAAGUCCCAGCAACACGAUCACCAUUAUGGAGCAAGAGAGACACAUUUCCAACAACAAGGCCACACUUAGAGCAUCCCAGACAGUUUCACAUCAUAUCAGUUCAACAAAACAAGAAAAAAAAAGACUUAACAAAAGAAAUGACAAAAAAAAUUAGAAUAUAAUAUCAUCACUGUCUGUGAGGUGUACAGUUGGUUUUUACUGUCAUUUUGUUUGUUUUGACUUUUCACCUUGAAGAGUUUAAAAAGGGUCAGAAGAUAUGUAUGUGUAGAUAUGUGUAGAUAUAUGUUUAUACGGGCUGUGUGUCCCACAACCGUAGAGAUGGACCUAACGUUUGUAUUGGUGGUGAGGUUUAUAUUGCUCAAACUUAACCAGAGUUAUUGCCCAGUACAUACAGUAUAUGGCCCCUUACUUUGCUCUCUGUACACAGAAAGCCAAUGAAUGAGCCGAGAUUCUGAAUGACAUGAAUGUGUGGGGAGAGGGCAUCAGAAAAACUGGACCUUUAAAGAUAGAGAGGGAUGUAGACUUUGCUAGCUUGUUUAGGAUGGAAGUAUGAUUUGCUUAAAUAGUGUAUUUGACCUGAACAAGGGCUUCCUUAGUGACUGCUCUCAGAUACUUCCAUAGCAACUGGACCCAGUGCACCAGUCUGCGUGCACUUAAAUUACAACUGACUGCAAAGAAAUGGCAGAAAUUGCUUCAGGUGCAGUUAGCACAGAGAAAAUUUUACUCUUCCACUGUUUUUCCCCAAACAACAUUGUCUGUUACAGGUGAUACAGCAUGAUGUUGUCAGGAAUAUCUCAGCCCAAAAGUUUGCCUUCCCUUUCAGGUGUGUUUAGAAAGUUAUAGCGUUUUGUGUAGAGCAAAAGUGACACAAAGGUCAGGAUAGAGUUGACACUGUUAAGAACGUAUAACUUGUUUUUCCAGUGUUGUGCCAUGUACAGUAACCUUGAGAUGUCCAUCUAGCCAUAACAUACCACCAUUCCAGCUGUAUGCUUUCCUUUCAUCAGCUUUCAUGUCUGGAUGGUUACACAAGGCCAGUCACAAUAAUUACAGUGUUUUGUGUUUUCCAAAUAGUCUGCUCGAUGAAAAGGAGCAUUGGAAUGGAGCCUUUUUCAGCAAGAUGAAACAUACACAGUGUUGAUUUUCAGAUGUGCCACCACAAGAGGGGAAAUUUUACUUGAUUUGUAUGUCUGGUAGUGUCUCACUUUAUUGUUAUCAGUCAUAACAAACCUAUUUGGAGCAUCCCUUGUUUCAAACCAAUAACGCAAAUUGACAAAACAACGUUUACAGCAAGAAGCAAAUAAAUGUGUUUGUUGGUUUUCCGUUAACAGAAGGAAACUGCUGCUUAUCACAUUAAAAACACAGUUAGAUAUGAAGGGACCCUCAUUGUGUACACUGUAUCAAUGGCACUGAACCUGCUUUUAGUGUAUUCCCAAAACCAAUUUUAAUAUAUGUGGUACUCUAUAGGACCAAGAGUGGCAUAAAGUACAGUAUAUAUGAUUGUAUCAUAGUGUAAAAUAUGUACAGUGUUGAUUUCCAAUGUUAGAAUGUUUGUAAUGAUAACAAUGAUGAUGACUAUGAUGUACUUUUAUUGUGAAAAAGAGAUUUCUGAAGUACUAGUUCAGGGUCGGGUCAUAUAGGAGAAAAGUGAAGGGAGGUGAUUCGUUGGUCUGAACAAAGGAAUGUAGCAUGGUGCAAAGCUUCAGCUUUGUUUGACAGGUGACAGUGACUGCAGUUUCUACUAUAGCGUUAGAAUGAGUAGAAUGGACUUUCGUUAUUGAUACAAAGGCUUCAUGUGCAUAUCUACCUUAAACAGUAAUUACAUGCACUUUUUAACCCUGUCUCUGCUUACAACACAGUUUUUUAAAGAUGCUUGUUCGGAAGAGGAAGGGAGGGAGGGAGGAGGAAUAAAAUAAGGGAAAACUAAUUUCUAUCUGAUAUCACAAACUGAACACUGGCGAAAGCUUAGCUUAUCAAAGGAGACCUAGGCUCAGCAGAUUGGCAUUUCUCCGCAUGCUGAAGUGGUGUGCAUGGAGUAAAAGUGAGCGCAUUUAAAAUGGUUAUAUUUUUCCGCCUUACCGAAACCACAACACUAGCGCAAAUGUGUAAGGAAUGGAUUACACAGCAUCCUUAUCUGCUAUUGUAAGCUCCAACUGUUGGCAUGUCUGCUAGCUUUGCAAGUAAGUGUUACUUCCAAGGUCAAACAUGUCAUUUACUAACUAGCUUAGAGUAGUUUCUUUGGCUACAGAUUAUGUCCAAACCAGUACAUGAAAACAACAAUACAUUAAACAAGUCACCUGGAAACAUCAAAAACUCAGCCCGAAGACACCAUUUUUAGCUAAUUAAUUUCACCAAAGUUAGUCUAAAUAAUUAUCUAUCAGCAGUGGACAAAAUUUGCCUAUAUUAUAGUCAUUUAAGCCAGUACUUUGCUAAUUUGAAAUAAAAAUUCUACCUCUAUCAGACAUCUAGGACCCACUGUUACAUAAAGAUAAUUUUUUUAGAUAAAUCUGCCACAAUACUUACCUAUAUCAACCAUAUGUACACUACCAGUCAAAUGUUUUUCAACACCAAUUUUUUUCAAUUUUUUUAUUGGAAAUUAUGCAUGUUUAUGUCCAAUUGUCCUCUGAAAUGAAAGCAUGGAACAAAAAAAAUUAAGUUAAAAAAAUCAUUUAGAAACCAUUCUAAAGAUUUGACUCAAAGUAGCCACCUUUGGCAGAUAUAACAGUUGAACACACUUGUGGCAUUCUUUCCACAGUGGAAAUCAAAUAUUCUUCAGAAAGUUCCUCCCAACUGUGUUGCAGAAGUUCCCAUAAAUGUGGUACUUGUAGGUUGUUUUGCUUUCACUCUUCUGUCCAGUUAUUCCAAAACCAGCUCCAUGGGGGUUAAGUCUGGAGACUGUGCUGGCCACUCCAUGUUUUCCAGCUUAACAUCUUGUUCUUUUUUCCUAAGGUAGUUCUGGCAUAGCUUGGACUUAUGUUUUGGGUCAUUAUCUUGUUGUAGAAUGAACACCUGAGCCACUAGGAACAUGCCAGAGGGUACCGCAUGGCGCUGCAGAAUGCUGUGGUAGCUGUUUUGGUUCGGGGUACCUCUCACUUUGUACAAGUCACUGAUCCUGCAUUCAGCAAAACAGCCCCAGACCAUCACGCUUCCGCCUCCAUGUUUGACAGUUGAUGUCACACACUGAGGAACCGUCCAUUCACCUACUCCAUGGCGUACAAAAAUCCUCUGUGAUGAACCAAAGAUUUCAAAUUUUGAUUCAUCAGUCCAUAAUACCUUCUUCCAGUCUUCAGUGGUCCAUUGAUGGUGUUUCAUGGAUUAGGCAAGCCUCUUUCUUUUUCAGAUGUCUUAGCAAUGGCUUUCUUGCUGCAACUCAACCUGCUGAAUCUGCAACUUGAAGUCUUUCUUCACAGUUGAAGCUAAGACUUGCUUACUACGACAGCUAUUAAGCUGUACUUGAAGCUGUUGUCCUGUGAGUCGCCCAUCACCAAGCUGUUGACUCUCAGGAACUUGUCUUCUGAUUCUGUUGUGACUUUGAUUCCUGUCAAAGUUUCUCCCAGUUUCGGAGUGACUUUUGAUGGUGAAGAAAACUGUACUCACUGACACCUUGACUUUCUUUGCAAUUUUCCUGUAGGAAAGACCUACAUUUUUAGGUGGUUUGAUGGUCUGUCUCUUCUAUUGUUAAUUGCCUUUUCCUCGAUAUUUUUAUGUUGUAAAAGAAUCAAGAAAAGUUGGGACAUCUGUAGGAUUUGGUAGCACCAACUUUCAAGGCUUGAUCAACCUCCAUUGCUGGAGAUCAUCUUUAAAUUGUUAACCCAUUUCCUGUUCGGUAGUGUCUACAGAUACGGACCCGUACCCGUAGCCUGUGGCCUACGGAUACGGCACUUUCCCUUACCAUAAAUAUUAAUGAGACGCACAUAAAUAUUAAUGAGCCGGCUGAUGAACGCGCUUUGUGAUUGGCUGGUAAUCCGACGGACAUAAAUAUUAAUGAGCCGGCUACGCUGAUGAAGGCGCUUCCGUGAUUCGAGGUGAAUCUGCGGAAUGAAUGGCGUAACCAACAGCCAGCAAACGACAAGUAUUUUUUACCUUCAAAAGUAGCGACAGACUAUUACAUAUUAACAACCUAAACAAAACCCUGACGUAUUUUCUGCGUCUGUCAACACAGACCCUGUCACAGUCACUUUAAUGUUAGCGGACUCUGUUGAAUGGCUAAUUUACAUCACCACAAACAAAUCUCACAAUAUCACAGUAAAUCGAGUUUGUGGUUUUUUUUAAUUCAUGCCGAAUUAAAGAGCUGCUCCUCACCAUUCACGAGUGUUUGUUUCAUAUUCGACAUCCUUAAUUUUAUCUUGUAAAUUAGCGUCCGAAAUUAAAUGGGAACAUUUGCAAUGGAGUUCGUCAGCCGCUUCCACCACUGAACGCGGUAAACUAAUUAAUAGGAACUGGACUUCAAACAAUUUAGACACAGCGUCUAAAAGCGUAAAAACUACAUUGUCUACGUAAAGUGUGAGAGGAGACGGUGUAUUUUUAGUUAAAUUAUACAAUGUUCGCCAUCAAAGUCAUUCAUAUAAACUGCCUGUAAUGUGCGACAAAUAGUAGUUAACCGGCGCCAGCUCUUCAGUGACCUUAACGGGUCCGUACCUCUAGUACAGAUGCUACGGGUACGGGUCCGUACCUCUAGCAUCAACCUUCCUGUUCCCUGAAAAAGGCCUUUUCGUACAAUUCUGAAAUGUGCGUUUUUUUCAGUUUUGCAUAACCUUACCUUUUUUUUAACCUCUGGCAGUUCGUCACUUACUUUUGUACCAUUUCAAGCGAUUCAUUGGACUUGAACUACUUGAAUUUCAAUAAAAAACUGGAAAAUCUGGGGUGCUCUGAAGCAUUUGACCGGUAGUGCAUAUGGCAUAGCAGGCGCCAUGCUAUCAUGAAAAUCUUGACAGGCAUAGCAACAGCUGCCAAUGGACGGCGCUCAAUCUACUAUUUGGGGUGAAGCCAAAGACGCUAGCAGAAUGAAAAUUUUAACCACAAUAAAGCCUAUAUAAUAUAAUCGAAAGAUUAAAUACUCCUUGCCAAGCCAGUUUGCUUUUUUGCCACAUAAGCCACAGAUAAAAAAAAUCCAAAUUUGUUGAGUCUGAAAUUGUUCAUUCUACUCUUGCUAACUCUGUGAUUUCACUCUAGCGGACUACCCAUGACCGCUGGCCUUUUUGAUGCCUUAUUUACUGAGCUAUUGUUCUUUUCUGUUGCCCUACACAGGCGAUAUUAAGAGUAAAGUGUAUAUACAGGUAGUAUUUAUCUGUGUUCUUAAGGUGACCUCACAUCAACACCCUGAUUUUGUUACAUCCCCUCCAACAGUACCACCACUUUAAUUCCUUUAAGCAAAAGAAAGUCAUUUUGUCCUAAUAAAAAUAUCCUUUUAAAGUGUAAAUCCGAUGACCUGUAAAAGUUGAUGGGAAACAUGACAGUAUGGUUGUUAUUUAUUUGCAAAUUUGGGAUGUGAUUGGCUUACAAUUUGAUCAUUUUGGUUGUAUAAUUCGUUAUGUAAAAUUCUUCAUAAAUUUAAAGGUUAGACCAGCAUUGUGUGCUGCUUGAAUAAGAAUGGUGAACUGUGACAAAUGUCCUUUUUAUCUAUUCAUCACUCCCACUUUAGAAAGUUAUGUCAUUCCCCUACUUUCAAUUCUUAAAUCCCAGAUUUCUGUCACUUUUCAUCCUGUCAAGGUUAGCUAUGUGGGCUGGUUUGCUUGAUCUCAUAUACAGUGUUUGUUUCCAUUCCCCACCAGGUCCGUAUUGUAAAUGUUCUUGAGAGAUUCUCAUUUGAGACUUUCACCUCUCUCUCUUUGUCCUCCUCUCUCUCUUUCUUUCUCCACCGUACAAUGCUUAUUUGUCCCCAUGCCAGUUUCCUCUGCGUUGCUUGUUGUAAAGGGUGUAGGCAAUUCUAAUGUCUUUCAUGUUGCUGUAAUAAAUAUGCUAAUAUUUCUAAUUUCUCA